AUGAUUCUGGAUCAGACUCAUGUCCUCCUGCAUCACAGCGUGCUUGAAACGACCUUCAAGGGUGUCGAGCACACGAUUUCCACCCCAGACAUACCAAUAAGCCAGUUUCGUGGCAUCAAAUAUGCUAGUGUACCAGCUCGCUUUCGUCAAUCCAAAUUGUUCACUUCCUAUCCUGCUGUUGUGGACGCAACGAGAUAUGGCCCAAUAUGUCCCCAGAUGAAACAAAAAAGUCUCGAGGAAGACCUAAUAGGCCUUUCAGAGAGUGAUAUACCGAGACAAGUUUUUGAGCAAGACGAAUUUGAAUGUCUGAACCUUAAUAUUACCUGUCCUGCUGGUAUAACCCAUGAAUCACGACUGCCAGUUAUGCUUUGGUUUCAUGGGGGAGGUAACCGCGGUUGUGGAUCCAGUUGGGUCUAUGAUGGCGGUGCCUUCGUUCGUAAAAGUGUUCGCAUAGGCAGGCCACUGAUCAUGGUCACCUUCAAUUUUCGCCUCGGCCUUUUUGGAUGUGCUGCGAGCCCCAAAAUUGCGGAAGACAACAAGGCUGCAGGAGAUGAAGGGGUCGGAAAUUAUGGCCUCCGUGAUCAGCGCAAGGCUUUGGAAUGGGUCAAUAACUUUAUCGGCGGCUUCGGAGGUGACCCCUCCAAUGUCACACUCUUCGGCGAAUCUACCGGUGCAGCUGAUAUCCUGAGUCACCUCUAUUCCUCGGUGAACCAAACCAAACCUCUCUUUGCCCGCACAAUCGUGCAAAGCGCGUUGGUCGAAUAUGAUGUUCCGACUGUGCACAAUGCAGGCUGGCAACUUUCCCGCCUCCUAUCUUCCCUCCGUAUCACCUUGGUAGAUCAACUACGCGCUGUUGAUCCCGAGGUGCUCCUUGAGGUGGAGUGUCCUCUGCGUGCAACGGAUGACGGCGUCUUCUUUCGCAAAGGUUGGAAAGAAUCCAUCAUGCCCGAAGAACCCUCCCGGUUGCAUCCUUGUACAGGAACUGGGCUUAUUGAGAAGACCCUAUCACCCUUUCUUAUGCCUAUGAAGAAAACUGGCAUUAAAAGUAGAAGUCCGCAUCCACUUUCCCGCGGUCCUACACAUGUUCCUGUGCGACAUAUAGCCUCAUCACCCGGUUUGCAACCUAUCAUCAUUGGGGACUGUGCUUGUGAUUCUUUUUUGUGGUCGCUUCCAGCCUCCCUUUGGUCUGCGUCUGGUGUCGUACGACGAUUACGUGCCGUGUGUCAGUCAUUGACAAAGGCGACAGCAUUGCUCAAUGCGUAUGAUAUUGCGGCGCACACUCCAGCUACGGAACUUGUUGACCGUGUACUUGAACUUGUGAAUGAUGCACGGAUUGCGUGGCCUACGGAGUGUGCCGCGCAGGCCGCGAAACGGGCACGUGGGGGACGUGGAGUUUGGCGCUACGUGUUUGACCAAGAAGGUCCAGUCCGAGGUGUUCCACACCACGCGGUAGAUCUUAUCUACCUCUUCGACAACGUCCCACUACCGCUGUCGCAGCAGCCGUCACCCAUGUCUUUCUACGACGAGCCCCUGCCAUCCUCGCGUACAUCCCCCUCGCCAUCUUCGUCAGACCCAUCUGGGCGGUGGACGCGAACGUUGAAUGAUCUGGAAUGCAUGAACGUUGACGAUUUCGAGAACUCUCGUGGAUGGCAAGGCUCGGAAUGGACAACGCCGGUUGUGGACGAGUGGUCGUAUGCACAUGUGCGUGAUACGAUGCAGGAGCGAUGGAUUGCGUUUGCCCAUGGAGAAGCUCCAUGGGAUGAAGACAAGGUGUUUGUAUUCGGCCCAGAGGGAGAGUCGGGCGAGCGGUCCGCGUGUAUAUUCGAAGGGCGGAGGAGGUGUAGACUUUGGAAGGAAGCGUUGGAGCCGCUUGGGAUCCAGCUUGUGCAAAAGGUCGGACAAGAGUUGAGCAACGGACCAUCGCUGACCUCGUCAAAAUCGCUCUUUUGAGCGUAUCGCAUUGAUUUUUCUAUUUUCAUUGGAGGCACUUUAUGAUCCUGUUCGGGUAUUUAUUUGGGUUGGCCAUCUGGUUAUUUCGCGAAGCUAUCAUCGAUUUUAAUGUUUUCUCAUGGUUUUCUUUAUAUCUGGUAGUUGGUGGCGAGAUGAGCAUCGUUUUUAUGUUGGUUGUCGCCGAGGGUUCACAUCUAUCAUUUUUAGCAUUGCAUUCAUGUUUUCUAGUUAGUUAUAUCAUCCCUGCGUGUUUUGUGUAUCUCAUUUGGCACUGUAGCUAAUGAUAAUUUAACCAUUUGAGCCUAUUUUGUUACAGCAGAUUUACUCGGAAAGCAUUAAAUACCACAUUAUAACUCAUCUCAGAUUAUGUUUAAAGACCAGACCGGACGAGGUCAAAUGUAGUGUAUGU